CACUGUGCAUGACACGGGAGACGACACAGAUCAAGAUGAUCAUGAAGAAGAUCUCUCUGUGCUGGAGCAAGAGCAAGAGACACAACAUCUUCCCCAAAAAAAGCAAAGAAGGCAACCAUAUAGAUCAGAGAUAACUGUUGAGGUGGAAGAGGAUAUAAUUGGCAAACCGGCUUCUAUUGCUUACCAUGACUGUCUGAGGCAGCUUUGUGAGUUUGUUGCUUUGCCAAUAGAUUCUUGUAAUGGGAAGGACCCCAUCACCCAAAAACAAUGUCAGGCAAAAGGACCUUUUGAGAUUAACAUCAAGUCAAGGGUCACAGCUGCCGUCAUUGAAUGGGUAAGUCAUGUUUUGGUAGCACAUGUAAUUUCGUUUUUAAUACAAAAUAUUAUCAUUGUUUUAUAUUACUUCACUUAUUACAUUUUUUCCAUGUGUUUUCUCCUGCCCCUUUUUCAGCUGUGUCCUCAAGGUCAUAUCGUGUGGCGGUGGUCUUCCCAACCAACUUUAAAAUUUGGCAGUCAGUUAGGAGACUUUCUAAUGGCCACCAACAUUUUGCUCACAGGCAACAACUACACAAAGGUGAAAAUGCUUUUCAACUUCAUGAAUAUGGGGAUGAUCAAUGAGAGAUACUUUGCGGGCAUCCAAGACAACUACUGUGUGGACACUAUAAAGGCGUUCUGGAAUGCGAGAAGAGCCAAAGUGAUUGCCAAUGUGAAGACAUUAGGACCAACUGUUGCUCUCGGAGAUGGAAGGAUGGACAGUCCAGGAUUCUGCGCCCAGUACUGUACGUACACUGCCAUGGACAAUGCCACAAGACAAAUAAUUUAUGUGGUGAAUGUGGACAAGCGUGAGACUUCGCGGAAAUCGACCAACAUGGAGAAGGUGGCCUUUAUAGAGACAUUAGACACGCUGAAGCAAGAUCUUGAUGUCAUUGAGUUCUGCACUGAUGCACACAGCCAAAUAUCGGCCCUAUUCAACAAAAACAAAGGGCUGUACAAGGACAGUGGCGUCAAGCACACGCUGGACAUGUGGCACGGAGCCAAGAAUCUUGGCAAAAAAAUCCAUGCUGCCGGCCUCCAAAAAGGCUGUUCACUAUUACUUGUCUGGAAGAAGGAUAUCUGCAACCACUUUUGGUACUGCUGCAAGGCAGCAAAUACAGUGGAGGAUUUCUGGGACAUGUGGACAGGAUUGCUGCACCAUGUCACUGGAGAACACCAGUGGGGACUUGGCGGCUGUUACCAUGGCCCAUUGGAGGAAAAUAGCAACAAGGAGCUUAUUCCAAAGGGAAGCACUGCACACCGCAAAAUCACAGAACUGAUCAUGGAUGAGAGGUGGUCAAAGACGAUUCCAAAGUACUUGACCUUUAGAUCCACUGGUGCCCUGGAGUGUUUCCAUGCACACCUUCUGAUGUACGCAUCAAAACGAAUCGCCUUCGUACCACCUGUGUAUGCGGCCCGAACACUUUUAGCUGCCCUCGACUACAAUGAACACUGCAGCCGACCCUACUAUGUGAAGGCAGAUGGCAAAUACAGCUACCACAAAAUGUACAACAAAAAAAAGCGGUGGCUUCUGUCUGUACAUAAAGAAGGUCAAGAAGAGUUAUGA